GCCCGGCGCCCGCGCGCUGCGCCUCCCGUUCCUGUCCGAGCCGCCGCUCGCUCCCGCUUCUGAGAUCCCCGCGGCGCUCCCGGCGGCAGCGGCCAGCUUCGCAGGAAAAGGCCCAGGUGUAAAGGCGAAGAAAGGAUUGGACACAUUGCCGCAGGAAGUGAGUGAUCUGUUUAAACAAAGAGAUGUCGGCUUAUUUAUAGGAAUUGCUUGAAGUCAGAGUCAUGGUGGAUGUAGGAAAGUGGCCAAUCUUCACUCUGCUCUCACCUCAAGAAAUUGCGUCUAUUCGGAAAGCAUGUGUCUUUGGCACCUCAGCCAAUGAAGCACUGUAUGUUACUGAUAAUGAUGAGGUCUUUGUAUUUGGACUGAACUAUAGUAACUGCCUAGGAACUGGAGAUAACCAGAGUACAAUUGUACCCAAAAAGUUAGAAGCCUUAUGUGGAAAGAAGAUUAAAAGCCUUAGUUAUGGGAGUGGUCCACAUGUUCUUCUCAGCACUGAAGAUGGAGUGGUUUAUGCCUGGGGCCACAAUGGAUACAGCCAGCUUGGGAACGGGACGACCAACCAAGGUGUUGCUCCCAUCCAAGUCUGUACCAAUCUCUUGAUCAAGCAAGUGGUUGAAGUGGCUUGUGGUUCACAUCAUUCAAUGGCUCUGGCAGCUGAUGGAGAAGUAUUUGCUUGGGGCUAUAACAACUGUGGCCAAGUGGGAUCAGGAUCUACAGCCAAUCAACCAACUCCUCGAAAAGUUACAAACUGUUUACAUAUUAAGAGGGUGGUUGGCAUUGCCUGUGGUCAGACCUCCUCCAUGGCUGUUCUAGACAAUGGCGAGGUAUAUGGCUGGGGCUACAAUGGCAACGGUCAGCUGGGCUUGGGAAACAAUGGCAAUCAGCUGACCCCUGUGAGAGUGGCAGCUUUACACAGUGUGUGCGUGAACCAGAUUGUCUGUGGCUAUGCACAUACUCUAGCACUAACAGACGAGGGCUUGCUCUAUGCCUGGGGAGCUAACACAUAUGGGCAGCUGGGAACUGGCAAUAAAAAUAACCUGCUAAGUCCAGCACACAUCAUGGUGGAGAAAGAAAGGGUAGUAGAGAUUGCAGCCUGUCACUCUGCCCACACAUCUGCCGCCAAGACCCAAGGUGGAAACGUGUACAUGUGGGGCCAGUGCCGGGGCCAGUCGGUGAUCCUACCUCACCUCACCCACUUCUCCUGCACGGAUGAUGUAUUCGCCUGCUUUGCCACCCCCGCCGUCACGUGGCGCCUUCUGUCUGUAGAGCAUGAAGACUUUUUAACAGUUGCAGAGUCACUGAAGAAAGAAUUUGAUAGUCCAGAAACUGCUGAUCUGAAGUUUCGAGUCGAUGGGAAAUAUAUUCAUGUCCAUAAAGCUGUUUUGAAAAUCAGGUGUGAACACUUUCGAUCUAUGUUCCAGUCUUACUGGAAUGAGGACAUGAAGGAGGUGAUAGAAAUAGACCAGUUUUCCUACCCCGUGUAUCGUGCCUUCCUCCAGUACCUCUACACAGACACAGUGGAUCUGUCUCCUGAAGACGCCAUAGGUCUUUUGGAUUUGGCAACAUCUUACUGUGAAAACAGAUUGAAAAAGCUCUGUCAGCACAUUAUCAAGAGAGGAAUUACUGUGGAGAAUGCCUUUUCAUUAUUCUCUGCUGCGGUCAGAUAUGAUGCAGAGGAUUUAGAAGAAUUCUGCUUUAAGUUUUGCAUCAAUCAUUUGACAGAAGUUACACAGACUGCAGCAUUUUGGCAAAUGGAUGGCCCUCUGCUAAAGGAGUUCAUUGCUAAAGCCAGUAAAUGUGGAGCCUUUAAGAACUGAAGCACAAGCUGCUGGGUUUGUGAGUGCUCAGGGGCACUGCUGAUGCUGUGCCCAGUGUGUGCUCUACGGGUGAUGUAAUUCUGCAGGUAAAAAACUAUCAGGUUUUUUUUUUUUCCCCACAUCUGUGACACAGUCUCUGUGUAGGAAUACAUGAAGGAUGUAACGGCUUUUCUUGAGCCCAUUUUAAACAACUCUUGUUUGCAGAUAUGUAUAUUUUAAAUGUGACCUUUCUUAUAUUUGGCCUGGAACAUUGUAACAAGUUUAGCUGUUUUUUGUUUUUGAUUAGAGGAACUUCUGAACAUGGAUAGGGGAAGUUGGUAAUUACCCUCCUGGGCCACGCAUCAAGGAUGUUUUGAUACCAGAAAUUGUAAUAGUUUGUGAAUUGUGAGAUAAACUUAGAGGCCCUACCAUGAAUUAAAGAUGCUGGAAGUGCUGCAUUAGUUGCUAGUUCAGGAUCCUUACUGUGAAGGAAUAGUUAAGAUUGUUUGAGGCUUUUGUUUGUGUGCUUGUGCUAUCGAUGACUUUUUUUUUAAUUUCAAGGUAUAUCAAAGUAAUAUUCAGUUUAACGUAAGUUAAAACUAUUAAAAUAAUUACGUAAAGAUAAAUUUCUAGGUUAGACAAGAUUUCUCUUAAGAUUUAAGUGCAUGAAGAGUAGUAAUUUUGAACUGAAAGACUCCCGCAGUGGGUAGUCAGUCAGUUCAGGGAGACCCUCCCAAGGAACAGCGAGACCACGGCUUCGGAUGCAAAAACAAGAGGUUUAUUGAACACACAGGUACCCGGGCGACUCAGUCUUUCGAAAGACUGGCGCGCC